GGAAUAAAAAACAGUGAAUCCGAGCAGCCCAUCAGGCGGGACAGAUCCGCAUUUUUUUUUCUAAAUUUCAGUCCGUUUCAAAAUUUUUGUAGGAUAUUUGUUUAUUUCUACAUUUUUUAUAGUGUUUUACACCGGAUCUAACAAAAUUUUAAGUAACAAUCAUGCAGCGGGAGUGCAUAUCGGUCCACGUCGGGCAAGCCGGAGUGCAGAUGGGCGUGGCCUGCUGGCAGCUGUACUGCCUCGAGCACGGCAUCAGGCCGGAUGGAACGCUGCCUGUCUGUGAAGCUGACCCGAGAUCCUCGGACUCGUGUUUCAACACGUUCUUCUCUGAGGCGGAUAGAGGGAAGAUGGUACCACGAGUUGUGAUGGUGGAUCUUGAGCCUACUGUCAUUGAUGAGAUCCGCACCGGCGACUACCGACAGCUCUACCACCCUGAACAGCUGAUAACAGGCAAGGAAGAUGCAGCCAACAAUUACGCUCGAGGACACUACUCCACUGGCCGCGAAAUCUUGUUGCCUGUCAUGGAGAGGGUACGGAAGUUAGCUGACCAGUGCACCGGUCUACAGGGUUUCUUCGUAUUCCACUCGUUUGGUGGUGGCACCGGCUCUGGCUUCACGUCGCUGCUGAUGGAGAACCUCUCCGACGAGUUCGGCAAGAAGAGCAAGCUGGAGUUCGCCAUAUACCCCGCACCGCAGGUUUCGACGGCGGUUGUAGAGCCAUACAACGCCGUGCUGACCACUCACGCCACCAUCUCGCACUCUGACUGUGCCUUCAUGGUCGACAACGAGGCCAUCUACGAGAUCUGCCGUCGGCGACUGUCUAUCGAGCGACCCUCUUAUGCCAACCUCAACAGACUUAUCUCACAGGUGGUAUCAUCGAUCACAGCGUCGCUCCGAUUCGACGGUGCGCUCAACGUGGACCUGACGGAGUUCCAGACCAACCUCGUACCCUACCCGCGCAUUCACUUCCCUCUCGCCGCUUACGCUCCCGUCGUUUCCGCUGACAAGGCUUACCACGAGGGCAUGUCCGUGUCCGAGAUCACAUCAGAGCUGUUCGAGCCACAGAACCAGAUGGUGAAGUGCGACCCUCAGAACGGAAAGUACAUGGCAUGCUGCCUGCUGUACCGAGGCGACGUGGUGCCUAAGGACGUGAAUGCGGCCAUAGCCGCGAUGAAAGGGCGGUCCGGCAUCAGAUUUGUGGACUGGUGUCCUACCGGAUUCAAGGUGGGCAUCAACUACCAACCACCAACAGUCGUAGCUGGAGGUGACCUCGCGCAAGUAAAGCGGGCAGCCUCCAUGCUGAGCAACACCACCGCCAUCGCCGAGGCGUGGGGCAAGCUCGACCACAAAUUUGAUCUCAUGUUCUGCAAGCGGGCGUUCGUGCACUGGUACGUCGGCGAAGGCAUGGAAGAAGGAGAGUUCUCCGAAGCCCGCGAGGACCUGGCGACGUUAGAGAGAGACUACGACGAGGUGGCCAUCGAGACCUCCGACCUCCCGGGCGACGACGAGCUAUGAUCAACGAUCUGACUACAUCCUAAGGUCGCUUUUCAGACAAAUUUUGCGAUUUUAAAGUCCGUUUAGAUCUGGAGAAUGCACCUCUAGCCUAGCGCGCCAUUUACGAAAGAGCUCGUGUUUCGAAGUACUAUGUGUAGUACAUUGCGCGAACGGUUAAGGAGAUAAUUAUAUCUACCUUCUCUUACUGCUAUCUUGCUACUAAAAGGGACAAGGAAAUUUGGGUGUCCCUCAAGCAGUGUCCUGAAAACAGAAGAAUUAAUCCCUUAGUAAAUGGCUCAAGAUAGGUGCAUUCCAUAUCUGGACGGACCUAGAUAUACGAUCAAAAAACGUCUACUGACACCACAACACCACCGCGUUAUACAGGGUCUGUGCCACCUUUCACCUAUGAUGUUUCCACGCGGGUUUAGUUUCUGAAGUUAUUUUGACUUACCUUUGGAGACAUAUAACUUUAGACUGGUGACGUCACAGCGCCGAAGCUGACGCCCUAAAACCACGGCCAUAUUUUUUUUAACAAUAUUGAUUAUAGCAGAACUCUGAAAUUGUUUAAAGGUCCGAAAAUGUCUGCAGUAGGCGCGGAGCGACUAGCCCCUAUUCCCUGCGUGUUGAGGUCCAUUUUGGUACCAUUUUGUAAUAGAAGCGGCAUGUCAGAGUGAAGCUCCCUCGCCGCUUGCCUUUCUCCGUCGAGCAAACUUGCGAUUGUCUUAGUUAAGUUUUUUUGGCGUUUUUCUUUAAAUUUUUUAGCAAAUGCUCGACGGAGAAGCCUAAUUUUGAAGUGUUUAUUUUGAGUCGUUGGUGGUUUUGUGGUGUGACUAAUAUUGUAAGUGUAAUGUUGUAAGUGUAAUUUGUCCGUUGAUGUUUUUAAAAUAUUUAAAAAGUUUUGAGUGACCGUCUGAUGUGUCUAAUAAAUUGUACAGUUUUA